UAGUGGGUCUGACCCUCUGCUCCACGGGGCGCCGGCUACCCACCCCGUGGGGGCGUCCCGGGCCUCAGGGCAGCACACCCUGCCCCCACGUGGGGGCAUCAGCCGGCAAGCGGUGCCAGGAGCCAUGGGCACGGCUGACGGGGCCGUGCUUGUUGGGGUGAGGAGGGGGCUGUUGUCCGCAUCCACGUCCGCCCUUCCUGCCCAGCGCCGUCCCUGCCCCGCUCACCCGCCGCCCGCUCCUCUCACCCAGCUACAAGAAGGGCGGCGUGGCCUCCGGGAUGACGCACGUGGAGACCAACGUCUACAACGUCAAACGCCUGCUGCACGUCAAGGGCAAACGGACCGUCACAGCCACCGAGGUGGAGCUGAGCUGGGAGAGCUUCAACCUGGGCGACGUGUUCCUGCUGGACCUGGGCAAAGCCAUUCUCCAGUGGAACGGCCCCGAGAGCAACACCAGGGAGCGGCUGAAGGUAGGAACCGGACCCAGGCUGCCCCCCUGCUCCCUCCGCUGCAGGGCAGAAUCCCCCUCCCCCUGCUUCUGGCCUGGACCCAGGACCCCGCAGCCCCUUCCCCAGGCCAGUUCUCACCCCUCUCUCUGGAGACCCAGGCUGGGGCGGGGGGGGCGGGCGGAGAUCGGGGUGGUGGAAGGCGACCAGGGGGGGGCCAGCCCGGAGCUGAUGGCGCUGCUGGAGAGCGAGCUGGGGGACAGGCCGCGGAGGAUCAAGCCGAGCACCCCGGACGAGGCGGUGGACCAGCACCACAAGGCCAGCGUCCUGCUGUAUCG